GGUGCCAGGUAUUUGUGCUCCACUAAGCAGAGCAGUUGUGGUUUAUUGAGUGUGUGUGUGUCCAGGAGGGAACUUGCUGGUUAACAUUGUGAGACUGUAAAAUAUUUUUUUUGACAACCUGUUUCAGCUUCGCACCGUCAUACUUAUUUUGUUUCUGAUAGAUGUUACAGGAUAUUCAGUUCCCCCAUGUUCUCUCGUCGAGUGCUGAUUAGAAAUCAUGACGUCAUCCGCUACUUUAUAUUUAGACGGCAACUACUGUAUAGCCAUAACAACAACAUCAACACAAGGGCUAUUUACAAUUACACAGACAGAGGGUUAUCACACAGAUACAUGAAGCAGUUUUACAUACAUCAAAAAUACAUUCGUGCAUGUAUUUGAAAAGGGAACAUUGGUACCUUAAGCCUAAAACAUUGGUUCCCCUGCUAAAAGACACACAGUGACUCUGGACCUCAGUACAAAAAAACGUAGUUUAUUCACAUGCCAUUUAUUUAUCUGAAUGGCUUUCUGCCAUCUCACAUACUUCUCUGACCAAAUAUGAGGGGGAAACAUUUCCUGAAAUGCAGGAUAUUUGGUGCCCCUUCCUAAAACAGGGCUAUCAGGUCCCACCCAUUGACCGUCAGACACACGCAUUUCAACCAGUUCUCACGCUGAGAAGUAAGGAAUAACCCCCCACCACGGCGUCCCCUUAUAUAGGAUUAAUGGACGAGGCGCAGCCAAUAGGAGUGGAGUUUUCCGCCGAGUUCAUAGCUGUGCUGAGUUAUGUAAAGUUGAUAGCCACCUACCAGCCAAUCAGAAAAUAGCAUCUGAUUUUUCGGGGUAAAUUUCAAAAUAAGUUACACAUGAUCGCUGCAAGAACAUUAUUACAUAGAUGCGCACAUGGAGUGCAAAGAAGAUGGGAGUGGAAGAGCAGGAUCCGAUGUUCUGACGGGUUCUGCUCCCUUGUCGAAACGUGCUACCAUAACGCACACCGGCGGUUGUGUGGUUCGACCGAACACCGAGGCCCCAGCAGGAAUCAACUGGUCUGGAUCAGCACAAAAAUGGGAAAGAAGAGAGGAAAAAGAAGAGCUGCUUCUGAAAUGCGCCCCCCUGUGGGAUGUAACAGACAGAGCGCUGAGAGUGUCCUGAUGAAGAGAGCAGACUCCCCUGUACCCAGCUGUGUUUCCCUGAAGAGUGACGAGUCAAUGGAGCCCCCACUCCACUUCAGAGAGGGACCUUUUCAUACAGAUCAAAGAGACCAAAUGGAAGAAUGCAGUUCAGAUCUACAAUAUAAAUCAGGUUUAUCAUCCAUAUUGAAGUCACUAGAGGAAAAAGCCAUGAAGUUCCUAAAGGACGAGCUGAAGACGUUUGUGAGGCACCUAGAUCAGAAUUACCCAGAAUGCUCUGAGCCCCAGCUGGAGGAGGACAAUGACCUGGACAGUGAUGGUCAGAUGCAGAAGACCAGUGUUAGAGAGGUAGCUCUGAAGAUCACACUGUACAUCCUGAGGACCAUGAAGCAAAAUGAUCUUGCUGACAUGCUGGAGAAGAGACAGCUCAUGCUGCAACAUCAGCAGGAAAUCAAAUGUAAACUUAAGAAGCAAUUUGAGUGUGUAUUUGAAGGGAAAGCUAAGGAAGGACAGCCAACACUUCUCAGUGAGAUUUACACAGAACUCUACAUAACUGAAGGUGGGACUGGAGCAGUCAAUGAUGAACAUGAAGUGAGACAGAUUGAAACAGCAUCCAAGAAAAGGCGAACAGAAGAUAUUACAGUCAAGUGCAAAGAUAUAUUUAGACCCUUAUGUGGGUGUGAGACACCUAUCAGAACUGUACUCACUAAAGGGGUGGCAGGUAUCGGGAAAACAGUCUCUGUGCAGAAAUUCAUUCUCGACUGGGCAGAAGGAAAAGCAAACCAGGAUGUUCACUUCAUAUUUGCUCUUCCUUUCCGGGACCUGAAUUUGAUUAAGGAUGAAUACAGUCUGAUUGAACUGCUUCACUACUUUGUCCCGGAACUGAAAUCACUUCAAUCCACUGAGCUGUUUAGGUACAAAGUCUUGUUCAUCUUUGAUGGCCUGGAUGAGUGUCGCCUUCCUCUGGAUUUUCAGAACAAUGAGAGCUGGUUUGAUGUAACAAAGAAAACGUCACUGGAUGGACUGUUGACUAACCUCAUUAAGGGGAAUCUGCUCCCAUCCGCUCUCCUCUGGAUAACAUCCCGACCAGCAGCAGCCAAUCAGAUACCUCCUGAGUGUGUCCACCAGGUGACAGACAUACGAGGGUUCAGUGAUGCCCAGAAGGAGGAGUAUUUCAAGAAGAGAUUUAAUGAUCAGAGCCUGGCCAGCAGGAUUAUCACACAUGUGAAAUCAUCUAGGAGCCUCUUCAUCAUGUGCCACAUACCUGUGUUCUGCUGGAUUUCAGCCACUGUGCUUAAGAGGUUUUUUAGUGAGACUGACAGGGGAGAAAUUCCAAGGACUCUGACAGAAAUGUACACACACUUCCUGAUCUUUCAGACAAGAUUAAAAAAUGACAAGUAUAUGAAAAACCAUGAAACUAAGCUUAUGGAAUACAGCAAGGAAUUCCUUUUAAAACUUGGUAAACUGGCUUUUGACAACCUUGAGAACGGUAAUCUCAUAUUUUAUGAGCAAGAUCUGACAGAGAAUGGCAUUGAUGUCACUGAAACUUCAGUUUACUCUGGAGUGUGCACAGAAGUCUUUAAAGAGGAGUAUGGGUUGUACCAGGAGAAGGUGUACUGCUUUAUGCAUCUGAGCAUCCAGGAGUAUCUCGCUGCUUUAUAUGUGUUUCUGUCAAACUCAUCAACUGAUCUGCUGAAGACUGCAGUGGAUCAGGCAUUAAAGAGCAAGAAUGGACACUUGGACCUCUACCUCCGCUUCCUCCUGGGCCUCUCAACUGACUCCAGUAAGACUCUGUUACAAAGGCUACUGGGGCCGACAAGAAUCAGCUCACAUACCAUUAAGGAAACAGCCCAAUACAUCAAGAAGAAAAUACAGAAGAAUUUAUCUCCAGAAAGGACCAUCAACCUUUUCCACUGUCUGACUGAGCUCGGUGACAAUUCUCUAGUAGAGGAAGUACAAAGAUACCUGAAUUCAGGAAAUAUUUCAGCCCUCGCACCUGCACAGUACUCAGCUCUGGCCUUUGUGAUGCUGAUGUCAGAUGAGGAGCUGGAUGUGUUUGACCUGAAGAAAUACAUCAGAUCGAAUAAACAGCACUGCAGGCUGCUGCCUGUGGUCAAGAACUCCAGGACGGCUCUGCUGAACAGCUGUAAUCUCAUAGAUAAACACUGUGAAGUGCUGUCUUCAGCUCUAAGAUCAAACUCUUCCCCCCUGAGAGAGCUGGACCUGAGUGACAAUAACCUGAAGGAUUCAGGAGUGAAGCUGCUCUCUGCUGGACUGGGGGAUUUAUACUGUAAACUGGAGAUAUUGAGGCUGUCAGGCUGUAGAGUCACAGAAGAAGGCUGUUCUUCCCUGGCUUCAGCUCUGAGGUUAAACCCCUCACACCUGAGAGAGCUGGAUCUGAGCUACAAUCACCCGGGAGACUCAGGAGUGAAGCUGCUCUCUGCUGCACUGGAGGAUCUCAGCUGUAAACUGGAGAAGCUGCAGGUGGGCCGGUGUGAGCUCACAGAGAAGUGCUGUGAGGCACUAGCUUCAGCUUUCAGAUCAAACUUCUCACCCCUGAGAGAGCUGGACCUGAGUGACAAUGACCUGCAGGACUCAGGAGUGAAGCUGCUCUCUGCUGGACUGGGGGAUUUACACUGUAAACUGGAGAUACUGAGGUCAGUCUUACUGGGUAUUCCACACUGUAAACUGGGGGUAGUGAGGUGAGUAUUACUGGGUAUUUCACACUGUACGCUGGAGAUACUAAGGUAGAACAUAACUAAUGAUUUCAAAAUAAAGCAGGAGUAUCUAAGUCUAUAGGUUGACUCAAAAAAUAACAUCAGACUCGCUACAGUAAGUGGAAUGUCGAAAGGAAGAUUAUAUUGGAGGCUAAGGAUGGUAUUAAAAGUUUCUUCAAAUAUUUUCACUCCAAAAGAGCUCUAAAAGCUGAAAUCACUCAUCUGCAGGAUAGUAAGGGCCUUAUAAUUGAAAAUGAAAAUUGAUAUAGUAAAUGAGUCUAAUGAUUAUUUUACAGGGGUGUUCACAGUAGAGGACAUGAUUAACUUACCACCAUUAAGUACAAAUACAGUGUCGUAUAUAAACAAUAUCCAGUCCCUCCACAAUUAUUGGCACCCCUUGUAAAGAUUUGUAUAAAAA